AUGUUUCAAAAAAUAGGAAGGAAAUUAAUAGAAAGAAAAACUUUUAGUCGAAUCAUAUUAACGAAAGACAUUAAUUUUAAAAAAGAAAAAAAAAACUUUAGUUCAUUAUUUCAAAGAUAUAAUUUUAAUAAUUUAAGCUUAAAAAAUGAUAUUCAUUUUUGUAUAGUACCAUUUAAUAGUACAAACAAUUUUAUAAUUUCAAAGAAAAGUUUUGUUACAAAAAAUGAAAGGGCUCAAAAUGAAAAAAUUAUACAAGACGACAAAUUUGAAAAAUCUAAUGAUAAAGUAAUAUAUGAUAAGAAACCAAAGCAUUUAAGUGACAAAAUAAGAUGUGAUGAUAAAAUAAUAGAAUUAAAUGAAAAUAUAAUUACCAACACAAUAAAUAAUAAUAAUAAUAACAAUAGCAAUAAUAAUAAUAAUAAUAAUAAUGAAGAAAUUAUAAAUACCAGUAGUAAUAUUUUAGAUAUAGAAAAUAACAAAAUCAUACAAAUAAAUAACGGUGAAGAAAAUGAAAUAGUUGAAAAAAAUUUAAAUGAAGACUUAGUAGAUAAAGAAAUCGAUCAAAAGAAAAAAGAAUAUUUAGUUUUAAUGUUUACUUGUAAUAUUUGUGAAAAAAAAAGUGCAAAAAAAUUUUCAAAACAAGCAUAUUAUAAUGGUGUUGUUAUUGUUAGAUGUCCUUCAUGUGAAAAUCUUCAUUUAAUAUCGGAUCAGUUGGGUUGGUUCCAAGAUGGAAAAACAAAUAUCGAAAAAAUUUUAGAAGAAAAAGGAGAAAAAGUUGUGAAAAAAUUUUCUUAUAAUAAUUUGUUAGAAGUUGAUGACCUUUUAAACGCAUACAAAUGA